AUGGAAGAAGAAGUGGAGAGCAAACUUUCAUUUUUGGAUGAUCUCAUCUGCCGCCAACCAGACGGUAAACUGGCAACGUCAGUCUACAGAAAACCGACGAACACGCUGCAAGUGCUCAGUUACAACAGCAACCACCCACUGCAACACAAACGAAGCUAUGUACGCACACUAUACCGACGGGUGGAAACUCAUUGCAGCACUCCAGUCACCAAACUGGACGAGAUGAAGCUCCUGCAAGAAAUCUUCAGAGCCAACGGCUAUCCGCGAACAUUCGUUGAACGGAGCCGAAAGCAACCAAGGAAGCGGAAUGAAAAACCUAUUCAGCCAAAAUCGUGGCGAAGCAUUCCAUACAUGAAAGGGGUCUCCGAAGCCGUAGCCAGAUCCCUCGCGCCGCUUGGAAUAGGCGCUGCCCACAGGCCCGACUCAACAAUCCGCCGGCAAUUGAUGCGGCCAAAAGACCCGAUCCCUAAACAGGAGAUGUCGGCUGUUGUCUACCGACUUCAGUACAGCUGCGGAAUUUGUAACUACGUUGGGGAAACCGGCCGACGGCUGCAAACGCGCAUGCACGAGCAUAAGUUGGCCGUGCGAAGGUUGGACCCAAAGUCGGAGGUAGCAACCCAUGCCGCCCAAAUGGGACACGUCUUCAACUUUGACGCCGUUGAAAUUGUGGGCCGAGUAGAUGAUCAUACGGUAAGGCAGGUGCAAGAAGCCUGGAUGUCUACCGACUGCUCUGUCAACCGCCACAUCAAUUUGCCUCCCCCUUAUCUGGUUUUACGGACAUUCUUGACGGGGGACAGUCACGGCGCGGGACAAUCGGAGCCGCCAAUUAUCACCGCGACCGGCGAAGAUGGGCGGGAUUCAGGUCACGGUGACAUGCGGGUCGGAUGCAGCCACGCAGGCGGUAUUGAUGGGCCAGGCUUUGAACACAGUGCGCCAUAA